CACGGUACCGAUCAAUGUCCCUAUACCGCGUACGUACCUAAUCUACAACGUGUUCCAUGAUCACAGCAACUGGAUCUCCACAGUGCCUUAUACAGACGCGUUGUCAUUUGAAUCGAGUUGCAAAGGUUGCAAAGAAGUAGAGUUUUGGUAAAAACAUUCGACGUGUAUACGUUUUAAAACCUGAUUGAAAUUCCUAAUAACGGUCGCGACGGCGGCUGAAAAACAUGAGUUUCCGAGAACAGUUUAAAGGCGACGGUCCCAAUAUGUCUGAUCCAUCCACCGCCAACUCUAGGAUUUUUGUGGGCAACAUACCAACCAGUGAAAUGACUAAGAAAGACCUUGAAGAAAGAUUCAAAAAGCACGGCCCAAUUUUAGGUAUUGCACUAAACCGAGGGUUUGGAUUUGUUCAGUACGAGCAGGAGAAUAGUGCAAUGGAGGCCAUCAAGCAGGAGAAUGGAGCUGUAUACCGAGGGAAGAAGAUGGAGGUAAACCAGGCCCGGGUGUUUGGUGGAGGCCGUCGCGGUGUGGAUGGUCCUGGUGGCCCUCGGAGGGGCGACUCGAUGGAUAAGGGAGAUGGCUACAGGGAACGAUCUCCUUUGGAUGACAGGGGACGGGAUCGCGACAGGUACAGGUACGAGGGUUUCUCUGGGAAGCCUGGAGACCGGGAUAGAGAUCGUGAUCGAGACCGUGAUCGUGAUCGUGAUCGUGACCGUGACCGCGAUCUGGACCGUGACCGUGGAUUCUAUGGGCGGGAUGGAGGAUUUAAAAAGGAUGGACCAUUUCCUGGAGGAGACAACUUCAGAAUGAACCUCUCAGGCAGAGAUGAUCGAGGAGGUUUUGGUGCGCCGUAUAGAGCUGGCAUCCCAGAGCCAAGGGGGAAAGAUUAUCCACCACCUGGUAAUGGGGGACAGAUGGACAGGACAAAUGAUUGUGAAAUUAUAGUUGUCAACAAGAAUCAGAGGGAAUAUGCUGAAUAUAUAGAGCAUCGCCUAAAACAGCUGGGACUUUCAGUGGACCUGCUCUUCCCAAAUGAGGAGGUUCCAAUUGGCCGAGUUCUGGCUAACAUUUCCAGUCGAGGCAGUCUGUAUGCGAUUGUGGUUAUGCCGCAGAAUGAGGAACAUCGUAGCCUAACACUGAACAUCCUGCAUGGGUUACCACAAGAACAUCGAAACAUGCCAUUGGAUGAUGCAAUUCCACUCAUCAUGCGCAACUUUGAGGCAUUCAUGCGUGGAGAGAAGAUGCCGGCUGCGAUACCGACCCCAAUCUCUGUUGUGUCAAGCAGUGUCCCAUUGUCCGAGCGUCAUCCUGAAGCCAUCCAGGUGUUGCUGAACCUGCUGGCUGAUAAUCGGCAACUGACAGUGCUGCAGUAUGAUCGUGUGAUCCGUUACCUGCAGGACAAGCGCGAGAUGCAACUCCAACUUGAGCUUGGUGAUGCCAAAGACUUGCCCCCUAUUAAAUCUACAGAUCCAGCCAAUAAGCAACAGGUUGACCUACAGCACCGCAUUCUGAACAUCCUGAACAACACAUCAGGAGUGAGUGGACCAGCUGUUGCGCCCAUUCCAAUUGCAGUUCCCGCGCCCGUGGCACCAGUACCUGCACCAGUUGCACCUGUAAGUGGCCCUUGGGCUGUCGGUUCUCAAGGCGGUACCGCUGGGACAGGCCCCACGCCACUGCUCAAUGAUCCUACGGUACAGAAAGCACUGGACAGCCUCAUUCAAGGGGAUCUGCUUCGCAAGAUUUCAUCAACAUCCACCCCUGCAACAACUACUGCCUCUUCCUCCCUUGGUACACCACCAUCACAGCCGCUCUUUGGCGCUUUCGCUGGCACAGGCCGUAGGUUCUAGGAUCAGGAGUUGAGAAGUUCAAAACUGAGUCGUGGACAGGUAAUUUUAAUAUCAAGUGCAAUGCAACAACAACGGCUGGUAAAAUUGCGUAUUCGUUGGAUCGAUUCGUAUCAAAACACUUGCAUUGCUGUUUCCAGUGUAAUAUUUAGGUGCACGUACACUUCACUGGAGGAGCUGAAAGAAAGACAAAAUUGUAAUUUUUACGGGUUUCAAAUUGUAUUGCACAUUUUGCACUCCUUUGGGGUAUUUGACAUUGGUGGAGACUGCGCAUUCUUGAAUGUCAGGUUUUCAAGUUCAAAGAUGAAGCAAGGACAGGUAAUUUGAAUGUACAGUGUAAUAUGAUAAUAUCUGGGAAAUGGAAUUAAUUAUUUGUUGGAUGUGUUUAUAGGAGAAUACAGUGAAAUCCCUGUUUAUUUAAUGUCUAGGGGAGUGGCUUUUUCUACACUGUAUCAGGGUCCUUUAUUGAAUGCUUGUGACAGAGAAUUAUGACAAAAAAACUGUUGGCAGUUUCCAUAAGACUUACUGUAUAUAAUUAUGCUAAAAUUAUUUCUUUAUAUGAAUAAUUAAAUGAAUUGUAGGUAAAUGUAAGUACACAGGCAGUAAUGCCACUUUAGUUUCUUAUGUAAAUGGCGGCACAUGAAGUAAACACUGAAGGAACCAGAGCCACUUUGACACUACAAGAUAUGUAGAUUCAGUGCUUGUUCAGCAUAUAACAUCAAUCAUCACAGAUCAUCGUGUAGCAAUAAUCCCUGAUGAAACGUGAAUGUGGAUUUUUUUUACAGCAGUAAAUACAAUAAUAAAUUGAGGAAAGCAUUCUGGAAUAUUGCAGAUUUCUUACACCUAAAUGAGUUAUUUGAUAAACAGAUUCACUAAAUGUGGUUAGGUAGUUCAUUGUUUAUACUGAGUUUUGGCUGUGACCCCCAAAAAAUAUUCACUAAAUACUAAAUUGGGAUUUCACUGUACUAGAAUUGUCAUUUUCAUUGUCAUAUCUAAACAAAUAUGCUGUCAAGCAGAGCAACUCUAGUAGAGACUGUAUUUAUUUGUGACAUGUUUCAAAUUACUUGUCGAAUUCUGCACGUGAGGCUCUUUAAGGAAGUUGGGAUAGAUUUUACAUCAUUCAGUAUUGCAGUAUUAAAUUCUGUAUAAAAAGAUUCUCUUAGAUGAUUACAAAAUUAGAAACGGCUUGGAUAAUAUUAGAGACACAAAUAAUUUGUAUUUGAUACUGACAUGAGCCAAGAUAUGUCAGUCUAGUGACUAGGUUAUUAGCCGUAUGACUCUGGUUCAGUCUCCAGGAGAGGAGACCACACCCACACUGGCCCUGGGGCCCUGCAUCGGGUGUUAGGGGCCUCUAUCUCCCGGGGUGAAACUGACCACUUACAUCAGACUGAUGCUGAGGUUAGGAAUGUAUGAGGCUUUAUAUCCAUUCCUCUUUAUGGCUUACUUCACUGAUUUUUGUUUACAGGCUGCUUAUUCUAUUUAUUUCUAAUUUGAGUGCCCUUAUAUUAUUUCUGAUAUAAUUUUGUACUUUUACAGUCUUGGGAGAGUUUUUAAUGUGGGGGGGAGGGUUAUGGUAAUUUUUGGAUUGUGUUUCAGAUUUUAUUACCCCAAUUUUCUGUGUCUGACAUGUGACUGCAGUUGUAAUGCACUGUAUAAGAUCGAAGCUUUCGUAGCAAGUAAACUCUCUCUCGUCUUCUCAAUCAGCUGUGUCUGUGUGAAAUGAAUGUGCACUUCCCUCUUGAUGCUGUUGACUGACAGAAAUAACUUAAUUGUAGGCAUGGGCACUGACAGGAAGGGCAAACCAGCCAUCUCUUCUCUCCCCUUGGUGUUUUUAGUGGUGGGGGGUGAAAACGAAGACAAUAUGCGGAAUAUUCCAAAAAUUAAAAUGGUCCUUAAAUGCAGCACCGCCUGUGUUUCAAUGUAAGAAGAGAAAUGGGAGUGAUCAUUAUCCUUAAACAGCGUGAACACAUGUUUGUAAACUCCCCUCCAGACGAGUCCUGGCAGUGCCCAUGAUUUUAGGGCACUGGUUACUUUCUGUCGCUGAUCUGUGCCUCUGCCAUGUAAAGACCCUUUUCGUUGUAUACAUCAACCCUUUCAGUGUUGCAAACAAAAUACAUUUACCUGCCCUGAAAAAUUUUAUUUUGAUGUUUAAUAGUGUCUUUGAAAACAGACUCUCUUGCCAACCUAGUACCGUGUUUAAGUGGUUAGCACUGUUACUCUGUACUCACAGAGGUUCCUGUGUUCGCAUCUUGGCCUGCAGAUCAGCUGUCCUGACCGAGGUUUUUGGUGUCUUUCUUCAGUCACUCCAGGCAGAUACUGGAAUAAUAGUAUGGGGAGUUGUGAUUAUUUCCUUGUAUUUCAUGUAUGACGAUGUGUUUCUUUUCAAGGGUGCAGAAUGUUUAAAUAUCCUGGAAAGAGUUUCAGUUAAAUGGCUUUUAAUUUUACUACUAUGAAUUCCAUCUGUUCAACAAGUGACAACCCUCUACAUUGAGGCCACAGAAGGAAGUCCCAUGGGUCCGUGCUCUCCACAUUUCUCUUGAGCAGGUCCACCCAGACAUGUGGCCAUUCUCUUAUAACCUUUGCCACUGACAACUGCUUUGGACUGGUUGACAUAGGCCUGAGAUGGCUAAAGGAAGAAGCUUCAAGCACCACUGUCUGUGGGACUUUCCUUCUGUAUCCUCAGUGCAGAUAGAAUUUAUAUGUUUUCGAACUCAGUCUGUCAUCGGGCUAGAAUAUGGUUUGCUCUAUGUUGAAAUGACCUUCACAAUUUCUGUUGAAAUGUGUGAUGCACUACAAUGUUUACUUUGAACGGAUUUUGUUUAACAUUUUCACUGCUGCAUUAUUAAAUUCUGUCAUUGCUGUCUCA